GUCAGUUACUCCAAUUAAAAUAUAGAAUUAAAUAAAAUAAAAAAUCUUUAACUGAGCUUUCUCACUCCAGCACUAUAUAUGAACUCGCAUUUCUCUCAAAUCGACAAUGGAAAACAGAAUCUAAUUUUGCCCUCAUUCUCAUCUAUAAUUGUUCAGAUUUGAGCUCGCAUAAUCAUGGCGAUUGUGGAGGACGCGUACGUGUACGAGGAGGAAACUCACCUCACCGUCUUCAAGACCUCGCUCUUCUUCGCCGGCGAUGGCUUCACCGCCCACGACUCGAGAGGCGAACUCGUCUUCCGAGUCGACUCGUACGGCCCCGACGCCGGCGACUCGGGCGAGCUCGUUCUCAUGGACGCUUCCGGCAGAUGCAUCCUCACCGUCCGCCGCAAGAGACCGAGCCUCCACCAGAGGUGGGAAGGCUACGCCGGCGAGGGCGCGGAGGGGAAGAAGCCGCUCUUCAGCGUGCGGCGGUCGUCGAUAAUAGGGCGGUCGGGCAUGACGGUGGAGGUCUACAAUCCCGGCGGGGAGUACCAGAUCGAGGGGUCCUUCGCCUGCCGGAAUUGCACCAUCCUCAACGCCGACAAGGAGGAGGUGGCCGAGAUCCGCCGGAAAGUCGACACCACCACCAACGUGGUCCUCGGAAAGGACGUGUUCCUGCUCGCGGUCAAGCCAGGCUUCGACGGCGCCUUCGCCAUGGGGCUGGUCCUCGCGCUCGACCAGAUCCAAGGCGGCGAUGGUGACGAGGCCGGCGGCGGAGCAGAUGGGGUAAAGGCGUCUAUUUGGACUUUAGUCCCUGGACUGUCCGCGAACCACUCCGGCAGACACCAAAACAAAAAAGAAACUUCCGGCCAACCGGCGCCGGAACCCGGUUGCCCAGGGGUCACCGGCGGCUGCGCCGACGGGGCGGUGGGAAGGGCCGGAGAACUGUCUCCCGGCGUCGUGGCCGGAGGCGCGCCCGCCGGCAGACUGGCGGCCGGUGGGCUGGCGCCGCCGCUGGUGGAGUUGCUGAGGACUGAGCCGCUGUCCUCCUUGCGCGCAGUGGGUUCCGAAGAUGCAAAUGUAGUAUUGGUUGCCGGUGGAGUUGAGGGUGGGUGA